GCAUACUCUGUGGAAAGAUCAACGUUCAAACAUUCAUACUCUCUCCAAUAGUUUAAAAGAAAUAAUCGUAAUAAGAAUAACAAACUUUCUAAUAAACUAAAAUAUGUCAUUUGUUCAAACAGUUCUUGGUCCAAUAAGUCCCAAUCUCCUUGGACGUACCUUAACCCAUGAGCAUUUUCAAGUAGAUCUGGAAAAGUUCCAUUGUUCUCCACCAACCGAAUACAAAGAAUAUUUUGACCAGAAGAUUUCUCUAGAAACAAUUGGAUUCGUAGCUAAAUAUCCGUACGCAAGUUUAGAAAACAUCACAUUCUGCGAUGAAGCAACACGCUCCGCUGUCAGGAAGGAUGUUGAACUGUAUAAGAAGUUUGGUGGAGGCAGCAUUGUUGAGAACACUUCAAUUGGCUUGAAAAGAAAUCUGGAAUUUAUGGUUGAUAUUCAAAAAACAACUGGAGUGAACAUUGUUGCUGGGACCGGUCACUAUUUGCAUAAUCAUCAGACUCCUGAUGACUUAGCCAUGACCGUUGAGGAAAUGACCAACUUGUACACCAAAGAAAUAGUCACUGGAAUUGAUGUUGAGAAUGUAGGACCGGUGAAAUGUGGAUUCAUCGGCGAGGUGGGAAGUGAUUAUCCUAUACACGAUUUUGAAAAACGAGCAAUACGUGCAACAGGUGAAACUCAAGAAGCUGUAGGAUGUGGGGUGUCUUUUCAUCCAGGUCCUGAUGUUCAAGCUCCAUUUGAAAUUGUUCGAAUGUACCUGGAAGCCGGUGGAAGGCCUGACAAGUGUGUAAUGUCACAUUUAGACUUGAGAUUUAUGGAUAUGGAAGAACUAUUUGAGUUUGCUACUUUGGGAACAUACAUGCAGUAUGAUCUUUUCGGAGUGGAGUGUUCAUUUUUUCAUUUAGUUCCUUCAGUUGACAUGCCAUCGGAUGCACAAAGGAUGAAAAAUUUGAUGCUCUUGAUUGAAGACGGGUUUUUGGAAAAGAUACAAAUUUCUCAAGAUAUCCAUUCAAAACAUAGAUUGACAUCUUUUGGAGGUCAUGGCUAUCAUCACAUUCAUAAGAAUAUUGUCCCAAGAUUAAUAACAAAAGGACUGACUAUGGAUCAAGUUGUACAAAUAAUAGUUAAAAAUCCAGCUAAGUGGUUAGAGAUUAAAGAAUAAUAAGUAAAAGUAAAAAUGCUAGCUAUUUGUAUAUUUAUCUAUUUUUCAUUGAAAUACAAAGCAAACCAGU